AAAUAUCUGAAGUAAAAUGGAACGGAUCUCACGUAAAACUCUCCUAGUGUAUCAAGGCAAGAGCGAAGAGGUGUAUAUCAACCCUAAGAUUACUGAUCUGAAAUCCCGUGCGGAGACUUACUUCCGUAUACAACCUCGUAAGUUCAUGAUCAGCUACAAGGGUCUGCUCUUCAUAUACGAAGAUCCCUUGGAGACAAUCAAGGGGCUCUCCAGUAUUGAAAAGAAGUUAGAGAAACACAAAAUUGAGUGCAACAAGAACUUCAUUGCUUAUUUAAAGGAAGCUCUAAGCGAGAAAGGAGCAGAUCCUUUCAGAGUCAAGAUUAUUGAUCUGCAGAGAUGGUGGGACAAACAUGAGCAAGACUCUGAUGAGGAGGUCAAGAUCGGAGAAGAGGAAAAGGUUGAUAAGGAAGCCCUAGCUGAGAGGGUCGGGUUUGUGUAUCUUUUUAAGGAGAUUACCAAAUUUGACUUUGAUCUGGCCUCAAUCAGGGACAUGCCAGAUCUUAUUAAUGAGCUCAAUAAGCAGCUAAAGCCACAGUAUGAAGCUAAAGGCAAGGAGUUCCACGAGCCUUAUAGUUUGAACAUUACAAAUUCUAAAGGAAGGCUCACUCCUGUUAAGAACAUGGAGCAGUUGUUUGCUAUCGUAAGAGAAUUCCCAAAAAGAGAUAAGGUCUUUUUCAGCAUUAAGCCUUAUUUCCAUGUUGGACCUUCUGAGCUUACCUCCAAAGAUAAGGUCGUUGAGUCAAAGGAGAUAGUAUCAGCGUUGCAAUUCAGAGAGGGUGAGGAAGGCAAAUUCAACUCAGAAUCAGUCGUACUAUCAGAGACAAACUUCUUAGACACUCUGGAUGAAGUCACACAGGAUAGAAUCAGAACAGUGAAAGAGUCUGGAGGUAUUUGUUAAGCUUCAAAUUUAUAGGAGGUGAGAAGACUGAUAAAGAGAUUUACAACCUACUUAACGAAAAUGAUGGGGAUGUCGAUGCAGUUCUUGAUGUGAUCUGG